AUGGACCCAUUCGAAAAGAGCACGACGGUCGACGUCGAGGUGCGCGCCUAUGUCACCUCGCUCGUCAACGCUGUCGGUGGUCGCUCCACUUACGACGACAGCUACAGCGUGGGAGACGAUGCCGUUGCCGUGCUCAAGGACUUGCAACGAUGGCUACGAUUAUACGACGAGAAGACCAACCGACACGAUGUGAAGCGCGUGCUGGCUGAGGCGAACUUGGUCAAGGGAGAUCUGUUGGAGAUCCUUGCCCUGUGGCCCGAAGAUGCGCAGGAGAAUAAGCACAAGGCCAAGUUGGCGCUGGCAUGUCUGGAACUACUGGUGCCCUUGACAUGGCCGCUGCAGUUGGACGAGGAGAAAGCGACAGUCAACCAUCAUCGGCAUGUUCCAUACUUGCAGCUCGCGCAGGUGGGCUACAAGAGGGCUGUGCUACAAUUCGAGGAUGCAAAGGUCUUGAGGACUGUGGUGCGGACUGCCUUGCCAGCCAUGGCCACAACGAGGAGGGAGAGGAGCAAGAGGGACGAAGGCAUCAUCAAGCUAAUGAUGUACUUCUUCCGGAAUAUGGCUAUGAUCACACAACCACAACACCUCCCCUCGCAAGGAGACGAAAACGACAUCAGCCGCUCCGCCACGAUCGAGGCUUUCCAGGAGCAGGACGUAUUCAAUGUGCUGCUGACAGUCGGCUCGGGAACGGGAGAUGAGUUUCAAGAGCAAGACGUGAUUCUGUUGGAGGUUCUUUUCCAUCUCCUGAAAGGUGUUGACGCGAGGAAAUUAUUCAUGAAAAGAGAGCAGGUAAACACCGAAGAGACGACAGAGCUCAAGAACCUGCUGCAAAAAGAGAAGGCAAUGUUGGAUAGCUACAAGAGACAUGCUCCGACCAGACACAACCGAUUUGGAACCAUGAUCUGGGUGAAGCGCGAGGAUGAGAAGCUGUCAACAGUGUCAGGACAGACGAGUAUGACGAACGAGACCGAUACGCUACGACACAUGGAUGCGAGCAAGAAAUGGGACAAGCCACUGUACCGUGGCAAGCUCGCGCAAGAGUUUGAUGAGAACUCGGAGUUUGGCAUGCGAGUGGAUCUGUCAGACAACUCCCGGAAGCAUUUGAGAGCGUUUGUUGGAGAUUUCUUGGACUCAUCAUUCAACCCGCUGUUCUCUUCACUGCGGAAAGCCAUUGAGCGCGAAGCAGACCGAGUACAGAGCAUGCACAACAAACAGUACUUCUACCUAAUAUCAUGGUUCCUCAAUGCGGAAGCAGCCCGCCGGGAUCAAUCGCGUAGAGAAGGUUCCUGGAACGCAGAUCGCGCGACACAAGUAGGUCCAGAGGACAACACGUUCGCCUAUAUCGCGGCAGUGCUUGAUCAGGAGACCUUUGUCCUGCUCAACAGGCAGAUGCAGGAGGCAUUCGAUAACAAGAGUUGGCAGGAUUUGCAUGCUACACUUCUUUGUUUCACGCAGAUAUUGCUCACCGUGCAGAACAUGGCGGAAAGCAAGGAUGAAGAGGAUCAGGAGAUCGCCGAAAAUAUUCAGAACCGCAUUUUCUAUGAAGAGUCGACGCAUGAUCGAAUCGUGCAAAUCCUCCGUGGUUACACGCAUCAAGGAUUCGCCUACCUCGAUGCUGUUACAGAAUGUGUGCAUGUCUUCGUCCGGAUGCUUGAGCGGUACAGCAAGCAGAAUGUUGAUAUGCAGAUCCGAUCGAAACGAAGAGCGAGAAAGAAGAAGCAGCAACAGACGAAUGGUGAAGCCGGCGACGACGCUGAAGAAGCGGCAGAAGAUGCUCGCGAAGUGGCCCGAACAGUGUCGGAAAGGAAAUUCGACUUUGCGAAAUACUCGGCCAAAUUCCUGUCGCAGCCUUGCGUCAACACCUUCAACUCCUUCACGCAAUACUACCGUGACCUCACGCCGGUACAGCUGAAGCGAGCUCAUCGAUACUUCUACCGCUUGGCUUUCAAGCAUGAGCUGGCCGUGCUGCUAUUUCGAGUUGAUAUCCUUGCCCUUUUCCACAAGCUGAUCAAAGGGCCAGAAGGACUUGAUUCGGCUAUGGAAGGGUACAGAGAUUGGGAGCAGCUCGUGCAACAGGUCUUUCGUCGAUGUAUCAAAUGGGUAGAUAGAGAGACUACUGGGCAAGGUUGGCGGGAGGCUUGCAUCGUGGAGAUGCUUUUCAGCAAAAUUCCAAACACACUGUUCUACCUGCAGAACGGCUACGAGCAGGUGGUUGAGAAACGACCACCGCGACCCCCAGCUGAGCUUGAGAUCAAGCCGUCUGUGGCUGCGGAGCAACGAAUCGCUAUUGCCACAUCUCUUCUGAUCGAACAGGCUAAGGCUGAAGAUCUUGACUGGGUGAAGAAGCAGCUGCAAAAUGCGGCAGAUGAGCGACAGUCUUGGGAAGACGAUCAAGCAGCACGCAUGGGCCUGGUUAGUCUGGAGGAUCGAGCGGAAGCUGCAGCCGAUGCGCCCGAGCCAGAGGCAGCGCCCACAAUCUUUGCGACGCCCGACAAUGAGGAGCGAAAGGCUGCUCUGUUCAAGGACAAGCACCUCCGACUUCUGCUGACCACCCUCGGGUUCCAACGACUGGGUCUUGCGGACGAUGCGGAAGCCGCCUGGAUCAUUCCUUCCGAACUCUCAGCCUCGCAGCUCAACGAUGCACUGAAUCAAAUCAAAAAAGCUGAGUUCGAUCCUCCGACAUUCGAGGACGACAAGACUGCUGCAGACCUUGUUCGAUCGAAGGCAGCCGGGAGAAGAGGUGCCACAUUUAACGAUAACGACUCUGACACCGAUGCUAGCGGCAGUGGUGGGGACAUCGAUGAAGCAAUGUUCCCGCCAAACCUAAAAGAGAAACGGAAGCGCAAAGACGAUGACGAGAAGCCUACGAAGAGAAGAAAGAGGAAUGCAGUGGAAAGGACUGAAGAAGAGCUUGACGAUUUGAGAAGAGCGCGAGAUCAGAAGGAACGGGAGAAGAACGCAAAGAUCAAAUCAAAACUCUUCAUCACGGAGUCUGACGACGAGAGUGAUGCCGAAGCCGAUGCGGAGUUCUUCAGACUGGAAGAGCAGAGAAGACAGAAGACUGCUGGCGUCAUCCGCAACGCACUUUUGAAACAGAUGGACGAUGCUGGGGACGAAGCAGAGAGACAGGUCGAUGACAUGCAAAAGGGAAAGAAAACAAAGCAGUCGGCUAAGACAGUGGCAAAGAAGGCGGCGAAGAAGGCGAAAAAGACUUCCAAAUUCGUUGACAGCGGCGAUGAAGAUCAAAUCAUGAUCGAUGCUGGGGACCAAAGCAGCGACGACGCAGCAGAGGCAAUAGUGCCACGGAGACGGUCCAGGAAAUCCUCACCUCUUGGUGUCGAAUCGAGCGAUGACGACGAUGAAUCGGCUCUGGCCCCAAGAAACAGACAGGAACGCUCCAAGCAGUCCUCGCCAAUCGAGCUCUCUGAUGAUCACGACUCCUCUCCUCUACCAUCGGACAUGGAAGAUGAAAUGGACAGGUCUCAUCGUCCGCCGCAGAAGCAGAAAAAUCUGCCCUUGAAAGAAGUGUCGGCGAACAAGUCGUCUGCGAGGAUUGUAGAUAGUGACGAUGACGAGGAGGAGCAGGAUCCUGUCGUGUUGGCGAAACCUGCUGUAUCGAGGCGAAAUGUUCGGGCGGGAUUCAUUAUUGACGAUAGUGAUGAUGAGUAGGAUUUAUUUAUGAAUGACCAGCACUGUUUGAUAGGUUACUGCACGGAUGACCGUACGCGGCUCCAUCAGUUGCUCUUUGCAUGAAGUAGGAUAAUGAAUCUGUGGUGCUAGGGCAUACAAUAGCUGCCACUUCCUCCAGCCAGCACAGCAUUCUUGGCAUCAAUCGCAGCUGCUUUCCUCUUUCCUCGCCUUGUCCUCUU